AUGUCCAGGCCACGGGCAAUCAUCGUGGGUGGUGGAAUCAGCGGGAUCGCGGCGGCUCUAGCGUUCGAUCAGAUCGGGCUUGAAGUGGUCGUUUACGAACUUCGAACGGUUCCUGCCACAGUUGGUGGUGCGGUAAAUCUGACCCCGACGGCUUUACGAUACCUCGACCACCUGGGCGUGCUCGAUGAGGCCCGAAACCUCGCCGCGGAAACCAGGGCCAUGGAGGUGUUCUCCAUUGACAGUGGCAGAAAACUGGGUAUUGUUGAUUUUGACAGAGCGGACAAGGUCGGCUAUGGGGCCAUGAGAAUAACGAGAUGGGAUCUGCUCAGUUGUCUGUUGGCUGGAGCUAAAAAGAGGGAUAUCAACAUUCAAUAUGGCGCAAAACUCGUCGAGAUCACCGAAAGGAGUGAUAAAGUCACCGCCAAAUUUGCGGACGGAAGACGAGACAGCGGUGACCUUCUUAUCGGAGCUGACGGGAUCUUCAGCGCCACACGCAUGAAGUAUGUUGACCCUGGAUCAAAACCUGUAUACACCGGCUGUGUUGCCGCCGGAGGCAUUUUGAGAGCAGAUCUGGUCAAGUCACCCAUCCAUUUCAAAGACGCUGCGGUCAAUCUUUCCGAGAACGGGAUGCUGGUGACAGCUUACUGCAACAAGGAACGAUCGAAUUUGUACAUCGCCGUUACGAUGAGCAAGCCAGAUGAAGCACGAGAGGGCUGGACAAUGACUGAUCAAGAGGCCAAAGAAACCAAGAAAUACAUGAUCCAGCGGUAUGCUUCGACGAGCAUCCCUUGCAUUAAGGAGAUCAUCGAUCACUGGGAUGACCAGUUUUACUGGCCUGUCCGCAUGUUGGAAUCACAGGGUUCAUGGUGGAAGGGCCGUGUCGGUUUGAUGGGUGACGCAUGCCACGCUAUGCCUCCCAAUGGCGAAAGCGUUGGAUUCUGCCUCGAGGACGCCGUUUUAUUAUCGACAUUGUUUCAACGUAGAGGCUGCUCUUCUCCAAGUGCCAUUUUCCAAGAGUUCGAAAGCCUCCGGAGGCACGAGAUGGAACAGGCCAAGGAAGAUGCCCUCGUAAGAUGGGGUAGUGCUGGAAAGGUCAGCUGGUUGAGAUGGAAAGUCCGGGAGCUGUUGGCUCCGUGGUACUUUUGGUGGACGCAAGGCGGCAGAGAUGCGGUGUUCGCAAAGGAUGUUCGCACUAUGAUAUAG